CAUAUUUAAUCGAUAGUUGGUCUACGACAGAAUAAGAAGAAGAGCAACACCACCGGCAGGAGCAACAAAAUAUGAAUUCUCUGGCCAGGAUUGGGGGCUUUGUCUGCCAGUCGGUGCAAAUCGCCGGCUGUGGGCUGCAGCAGGUGCGCACAAAGUACGCCGAUUGGAAGAUGAUCCGCGAUGUCAAGCGACGCAAAUGCGUCCGCGAGAACGCCGUGGAACGGUUGCGCGUGAAUUCUCUCCGCAAGAACGACAUCCUGCCUCCAGAACUCCGCGAGCUGGCUGAUGCUGAAAUUGCUGCCUUUCCGCGCGAUUCAUCGCUGGUUCGAGUGCGGGAACGCUGUGCUCUUACGUCACGACCCCGUGGAGUUGUCCACAAGUAUCGACUUAGCCGAAUCGUAUGGCGCCACUUGGCUGACUACAACAAGCUAUCCGGCGUGCAGCGCGCCAUGUGGUAGUGACUCCUUCUGUUAGCUUUUUAGACAAAAUAAAACAUUCUGGGCCAGAUCUUUGUUAUCGGUUUUUGGCACCUACCUCAACA